AUGGACGCCUCGCACGAGCAAAGGACGGAGUACACCUCCCAUGAGGCGGGAUCAGAUGCGGGAGGCCACACACCGGGCCUCCAGACACAUUACAGUCAACCACAGACCGGUGACCUGGUAUAUGUCGAAAACGGACUUCAUCCUGUCCUGGAAGCCUCCUCGGACAAGAUUGUCGGUGGACCGCAAUACGCCCAGUAUAAGCAGUACAGCCAGGUGCCCAUCUCGCCGGGUCAAUCUGCUGAGCCUGUCACACCGAAGAAGAGGAUAUGCGGUGCGGGAAAGGCGGUGUUCAUACUCUGGUGCAUAUUGGGAUUCUUGCUUGCCAUCCUUUGCAUUGUCGCCGGUGUCUUUGGCAGCAUGCUUGCAAGACAAGACGCGCAGAUAUUGGAGCUCAAGAACAUCGCAGCGACAAAGACAACACAACCAGAUACCAAUGCCACGUCAACCACAGAAGCGCCGGCAGCAACAACGACGUGGGUCGAAGUCGUCGACUGGGAGUACAUCGGGUGCUAUGAGGACACCUCGAACCGCGUGUUCCCGGAUAAGUACACACUCAUCGAUAAUCUGACGAACCGACUUUGUGCGUCUGCGUGCCCCGACUAUGAGUACUUUGGCACCGAGUACGGGGACCAGUGCUACUGCUCUAGCACACCACCGAAAACGGCUGCGCCGCUGUGGAACUGCAAUAUGCACUGUAAUGGCGCGCAGACCUCCGAGGUCUGCGGCGGCUACUUCUUUCUGAGUGCAUGGAAGAAAAAGGCUUGA